AUGGAGGCACGUCAGGAAGGUCCUCUCUAUUACCAAACCCCUCGGAAAGUGCAGCUCUUUGGUGUAUGCUGUGAGGCCCAACCACGACAGAUUAACUACCUGCUAGAUGAGACAGACACAAUUGGCUGUGAUGGUAAACGUUCACACAAUCCGAACACCGUCGCAUCUCUGCUACACCACUACUUUCAAGUACAUGGCCUGCAUGAAGAAGAGUGCGUACUUCACGCCGACAACUGCGCAGGCCAGAACAAAAACAGAACUAUCAUGACCUAUCUUGCAUGGAGAUGUCUCACCGGCCUCCACAAGAAAAUCUCUCUCUCCUUCAUGAUCACAGGUCACACACGUUGUUUGGUGGAUUGUAUGUUUGGUCUUUUGAAGCAGCGGUACAGGAGAGCAGAUUGCUACACCAUGGGUCAGCUGUGUGAUGUUGUCAACAGCAGCAGCAUUUGUAACGCUGCUCAAACCAUUCCAGGAUCUGGCCUAGUAUUGUACGAGUGGGACACGUUCUUUGAGGGUUUAUUCCGACCAAUCCCGCAAGUAAGCAAGCAGCAUCAUUUCCUGUUCUCGUGUGAAACACCUGGCAUCGUCGAUGUAAAGAAGUUGGUGGAUGAUAACUUUACUCCUGUUGCCAUCCUCAAGACCGCAGCUGAACAAGUGCAAGCUGCUGGCCUUCCGAAUGUUCUACCCCCGGGUGGCAUGUCCAGAGAGCGCCAAACUUACUUGUACAAGGAAAUCCGCCCGUAUGUAGCUGACCAGUGGCAAGAUGAAGUUUGCCCAGCACCACCACCACUGUGAACUUAAAUUUUCUCUCUCAAUCAAUCAGAUUUGCUUCUCUGAAAUUUAAUCUCCCUUUUUCUCUUUAUACUACGAGUAAUUUACUGACUGUGUACCACCAUUGCAUGUGUAUCAUGCAUUGCUGGAUUUGCCUUUUGCGGCACAUUGAUAUUCGGGCCGGGACUAGCCAGUCCUCACUAAUAAUGUCGUAAACACUACAAAUUGUGUGAAGUGUUUGGUCUAGAGAUGCUUCUUACCUGAUACUUACAUGGCUCUUUGGUGCUAGAUGGCAAACCAUGACAAAAUACUGUCCAGAAUGAUUCUCCGUUACAUCUGUUGCAACUAGCGUGGCAGGCGUGCUUUUGUGUUUGCGACCGCCAG